AUGCGAUUGCAACGUCUAUUGGAUCGUGUGAAAUCCCUUCCUAUCAUUGAACGCGAAGGGAUCACUCAGGCUGCCUUAGAAGCAGCUGGACUGGAGAACAUCAGUUUGCGGGCUUAUCAAUUAUAUGGCGUUUCUUGGUUAAAAGAAUGUGUUACACAAAAUCGUGGUGGUAUCUUGUGCGACGAGAUGGGUCUCGGUAAAACAUGUCAGAUCGCCCUGAAUGACGAAGAGUUUUUCGGACAAGAAUUUUGGCGAAUUCUCGUGGUAGAUGAAGGGCAUCGUUUGAAAAACUCAGAGUCCCUACUAUUUGGUGCUCUAAACGACACAUGCAAAGGUCUUCGUUUUAUCCUCACUGGGACUCCCGUACAGAACAAUCUUGUCGAACUGUACAACUUGUUGCAUUUUGUUGCACCUAGUUAUUUUCCAAUGAGCACCAAACCGGACUUUGUGGCCUAUUUUGACCCUGACACAGAUGGUAAGUUGCUAAUAACGUGA